UUUAUGAGAAGGAGAGAUAUAAUUUGAGAAUGACCUAGGCUGUUUCCCGCCUACAAAGCAAUUGGCGCCAAAAGAAAACCCCAAUCCUUCAUCUACUCCGUAUUGUUCUUUGACCAUACAAAAUUUGUUCUGAAAUUCAAAUUUCUGCUCACAACCCUAACUCGAAGAAUGAGGGGUGGAACUGUUCAAAUCAAUUGGCAUGAUACCAAACCCGUUCUAACCCUAGAUUUUCAUCCUAAAUCUGGACUCCUCGCCACUGGUGGUGCCGAUUUCGAUAUCAAGCUGUGGCAAAUAAAUCCAUCGGAAGGGGAAAAUAAAGGUCCAACUGCUUCUUAUCAAAGUAGCCUUACUUACCAUGGCUCUGCUGUCAACGUGUUACGCUUUUCUCCAUCUGGAGGAUUGCUCGCUUCUGGUGCGGAUGGAGGUGAGCUUAUCAUAUGGAAGCUACACCCAACUGAUGUUGGCCAAACUUGGAAAGUGCUAAAAUCUUUAUCGUUUCACCGCAAGGAUGUCUUGGACAUGGAGUGGUCUACUGAUGAUGCACAUCUUAUUACUGGAUCUGUUGACAACUCCUGUAUCAUAUGGGAUGUCUGUAAAGGUUCUGUUCAUCAGAUUUUGGAUGGUCAUUUGCAUUAUGUUCAAGGAGUUUCAUGGGAUCCCUUGGGUCACUAUGUUGCUUCCCUCAGUUCGGAUAGAACUUGUCGUAUCUAUGGAAAUAAGCCUCUAACUACAUCAAAAGGUCUCAAGACAUCAAAUUAUGCAGCUCAGCAUGUUAUUACAAAGGCCGAACAACAACUUCCAGCUGAUUCUAAGAUUUUGUCAACUAAAACCCAUCUCUUUCAUGACGAGACAUUGCCAUCCUUCUUUCGGAGAUUAGCUUGGUCUCCUGAUGGAUCUUUUUUGGUGGUGCCUGCAGGGUCUUACAAAUUCUCUUCUACAUCUGACUCAGUAAAUACUGCAUAUAUAUUUUCAAGAAAAGAUCUUUCGAGGCCUGCUUUACAGCUCCCUGCAUCGGGAAAACCCGUUAUUGCAGUACGCUUUUGCCCCAUUGUUUUUAGCCUAAGGGCACACAAAUCAGCAGGCGAAUUUUUUAAGCUCCCGUAUCGAUAUGUUUUUGCCGUGGCCACGUUGAACUCUUUAUACAUCUAUGACACAGAGAGUGUUCCUCCUAUUGCAAUUUUUGCUGGCCUUCAUUAUGCAGCCAUAACAGACAUUUCAUGGUCACCUGAUGCCAAAUAUCUAGCAUUGUCCUCUCAAGAUGGUUAUUGCACUCUUGUAGAAUUUGAUCGGGAUGAUCUUGGUUCACCUUUCACCAUUUCAGAAGCUGAGAAGGCCAAGGACGAAAUCAAGAAUCCAGUUGAUCAGGUCCCCACUGAAGUGAUUAAUACAACUAAUACUGUUGCUGAAGCAGAGUCCAAAGCUGGCAGAAAUAAAAAAGAGACAGAAGCAAGUGAAGGGAAAGCAUCGCCCAACCCUGUUAGUGCUCCAGUUUCAAAUAAACCUGCCAAGAGGCGGAUAACUCCCAUGGCUAUUGAUCCAUGAACUAAGAGUACCAAGCUGACAGAAAUCUAAAAGAUGCAGAAGCAAGUGAAGGGAAACACGCAUCACCAAACCCUGAUAGGACUCCAGUUUCAAAUAUGAAAAUCUAUUUACUGUUUAGCUCGUCUCUAAGUGUUGGUCUCUUCCCCGGCAGGGUUUGUUGAUUAAGCAUUCUUUUUGAAUCUAUAUAUGCGAGUCCUGUUUGCUAUGUUUUGCUUAAUUAUGUAUAAUUCAAGAAAUGUUACCGGGUAAAUGGAACAACAUGAAAAAAUGGUUCUACUUA